UUCCACCGAGUAACAGCGCGUCCCCGCGGCUGCUCGGCUCUAAUUUAGAUAGUUUAGGAGUCAGAAAUCCCCCCGGGAUUAAAUCAUCGUUAUUACUUGCGUUUGGAUGCCGGACAGUGAAGCAUCUGGGAAACAUGGAUACAACCUUUUCGAGCCGUUUUCUUGACUUCUUGGAAGCAUAAAAGCUGGUUCCGGUGGCGAUAUUUUUUCUGUCAGGAAGUUUGACGUAUUCAGCUGAAGAUUAUUUCUUGCUUUGUUUUGGUUCGGAAAAGUUGUGGACGACCGCUGGUUCCUUUCAACAAACGACAUCUUUGUUACUGUCGCUAAAAACAGACCGAGCUCGUCUAAUGUACGUUUUUUUGUUUAUUUUUUAAAUAUCACUUUGCUGUUUAUAUGAAUACUCCAGGAUCUACAAUUUUAGAGUCUGCAGCCCUGCGAAGUUUAAACAUCGAUGGACUUUAUCUUACUUGGCUUCGCAUGACAUAACGCAUCUGGUUAAAGUAUAUAAUAAACUCAAAUGUAGUACUUUUUUCUGCCAAUGUCCCAAUAGUCUGUUAUUUUUAAGUCUGAACCCAGAACGGUGCUAUCUCAAUUAAAUUAAUCUGCACAUUUUUAUAGGCCAGAUAGGCCUUCGUGUAUUCUUCCCCGAUUAUGUUAUAUCAUCAAUCACGUUGCAAUGCGAUGCAGUUAUGUUCAAUGCAACAAUGAGAAUAAAAAACAUCUUCUGCCUAGAAUAUUGUGGAUUUAAACCUGGAACCACGGUCGAGGAAAAUCUGCAAACUUAGCAGGAAGAGAGGCCAUCAGAAUCACGGAAAUCGUACGGUCUUUCCUCUGGCGAGCUGCUACCCACAAAUGGAUUUCAUACAGGCCAUACGGUUACUGUUACACUUUGGUUUGGCAGCUUUUGUUCGUAUUUAACACUGUAAUGGGACACGGCUCUGAAUACAUUUCUAAAUUCAUCGAUUUUUAGUGUGACUUCUAAAGAUGUUUUGGAAAUUUAAGUUUUCCAAGGAUCCGAGGCUACAACGGCGCAAAAGUUUGCCUCUGGGCCACAGCUGGAGCUGUUUGAUGUAGGUUUUCCCAUCGGAACAUUUUCUCUGUGAGGCUUACAGCUGCCUCUUGUGACCGUGCUUGUUUUUACAACCUGGAAAGAAUCGGUUUGUGUGUGUGAUCUAACUUUCCGUUAAAGAAGACAAGCCCCGGUACCUGGGGGGGUCAGCCCCGCCGAUGGCACCUUUACAGUCACUCACACUCUUUGGUGUGUUGGUCUGACCGAGGACACUAAUGGACGUUAACAACAGCUGGACCUACUGCGUCAUUCCUGCCGCUAGACUACGGUGACCAGUCGGCUGUACGCGGGAGAACCUCGGUCCUGACCUGACCUGACCUGACCUGCCGACUCUACAGGCUCUGGGAGUUGGUUGGCACAGCAGAGGCAACCCUGCAAGUUUCCGAAGACUGGUUUGUAGACCUCGAUCACAAACAACGCCACAAUGAAUGAGAGGCAGGCUCUCCACUCUAUAAUGAAGGACCUCGUUGCUCUCCAGAUGACGCGGCGGCAGCCUGUGUUGUCUCAUGACAGCGGUAAACCCAAAACACCAGCACAGGCCAACAGACAGGACGACGUCAGGAUAAAGUUUGAGUUCUCAGGAGAGAGGAGGAUCCUGGUCUUUGGACGACCUGUACAGUUUGAGGAAAUUCAGCAGAAAGUCAAGACGGUCUUUGGCCAGCAGCUAGACCUGCAUUAUAUGAACAAUGAGUUGUCCAUUCCUCUGCGAGGACAGGAUGACCUUGACAAGGCAAUCGACUUACUAGACCGGAGCUCCAACAUGAAGAGCAUCAGGAUACUGCUUCUCACUCAGGAGCACAGCAAUGCGUCCUCUCCUUCCCACCACGUGCCAUGUAAGCAGGUGAGGAUCAAAUCCUCCCACUCCACUGGAGAUGUGAGCACAGUGUACCAAAGCUCCGAGCCCAGGGGGCGUCACCUAUCAACUGGUUCUCAGAACACAGGGCGUAGUUCCCCACCUCCUGGCUACGUCCCUGAACGCCAGCAGAGGAUUGCCCGCCAAGGUUCAUACACCAGCAUAAACAGUGAGGGAGAGUUCAUCCCAGAAACCAGCGAUCAAUGCGUGCUGGAUCCCUGGAGCAGUGCAGAGAACUCAAUUUCUGGAAGCUGCCAGUCUCUGGACAGCAACUCAGACAGCCCCUCACUGAGGAAGUCUCGCAUGCACAGAGCCAAGAGUUACCCUGAUAAUCGUCAAGAGUGCUCAGAUCGGGAGAAUCAUGUGUAUGACAGGGUUGCAGGGAAGGGAGGCACCUUUCCUCGAAGGUACCUUGUGUCCCUCCCUUAUAAGGACAACAGUGAAGGUCGCCGAACGUUUCCACGGAUUCGUCGCCCUCAGGGGAACCUUUUCACUCUAGUGCCCUCAAGACGGUCACUCAACGGCAGUGAGGAGAGUCUGGGCAGCUGGCAGCAGGUCGACGCACAAGGCAGGCUACGCCCCCAGGAUCGUUCUGUUCCCCAUAAGUCGCCCAGUGCUCCGGUGACGUGGCGCCGAGGGAAGCUUCUGGGCCAGGGCGCGUUUGGUCAGGUUUACCUGUGUUAUGAUGUAGAUACUGGGAGAGAGCUGGCUGCCAAGCAAGUCCAGUUUGAUCCUGACAGUCCUGAGACCAGUAAGGAGGUCAGCGCUUUAGAGUGCGAAAUCCAGCUGCUGAAAAACCUACAUCACGAGCGCAUUGUUCAGUACUACGGUUGUUUGAGGGAUCACAAUGAGAAAACUCUCACUAUUUUCAUGGAGUACAUGCCAGGGGGUUCUGUCAAAGAUCAGCUGAAGGCCUAUGGGGCCCUGACAGAAAAUGUCACCCGCAAGUACACAAGGCAGAUACUGGAAGGCAUGUCCUAUCUGCACAGCAACAUGAUUGUACACAGGGACAUCAAAGGUGCCAACAUCCUGCGGGAUUCAGCGGGAAACGUGAAGCUUGGAGAUUUUGGUGCCAGCAAAAGGCUCCAGACCAUCUGCAUGUCUGGCACCGGCAUACGCUCUGUAACCGGCACCCCCUACUGGAUGAGUCCGGAGGUGAUCAGUGGAGAGGGCUACGGAAGGAAAGCUGAUGUCUGGAGUCUUGGUUGCACAGUGGUCGAAAUGCUGACAGAAAAGCCACCGUGGGCUGAAUAUGAGGCCAUGGCAGCGAUAUUCAAGAUUGCCACCCAGCCCACCAACCCGCUUCUGCCCUCGCACACGUCCGACCAGGCACGGGACUUCAUCCGCAGCAUUUUUGUGGAAGCCAAACACAGGCCCAGUGCUGAGGAGCUGCUCAGACACCCUUUCUCCCAGAUACUGUGUUGAGACCUGCGUGGUUUCUGAACUGAACCACAGAGUAGCCUCAGCAGCAUGUGCAGCUUCCUUAAGAUCCCAGAAAUCCAGACAUAGAGAUGACUGAGAUGUCAGUGUUAAGGGCACUGAGCUUCUUCCAGGACUCAGAUACUUCAAAGAAGAUUUCUCACAAGCACAUCCAAAGAACACAAACAACACUGACCAUGGCAGUCAACACGAAGCCUUAGAAAUGCCAGUAUGUGCUCUUACAAGAGUCUCCACAAGGGGGGAACAAAACACAGAUUAAGUAGCUUGAUAGAUUCAAGCUCACACAGUCACACACACCAAAUGAUGCACUCCAAAGGCAGAAUGAUGUAGUUAAGGCUCAAGCACCAGUUGCAUCAGCUCCCAUGUUUACAUUCACUUGUGCAGUUAUGAGAAAUACCAGAUAUCCUUAAGUAUUUAAAUCUAAACAUGCAGCUUAGGCUCAUUUUAAAGCUACAGUGAGCCGAAAGUGUAAGCUGAACCACAGUGUCGCUAAAUGGACAGGAUCGCUGUUCUGUUUUCCCCAUCUUGUCCAUCUCCAUCUUUCUGAGACAAAGAAAUCUCUCUUUUUUAAGCUAUUUGUGAUGCACUUUUUCAGUUUUUACCCCUUUAAAAUUAAGAUGUUUUAGGAUGGUUUAGUUAUCUUGGUAAAAGGGAAGAUAGGAAAUUUGGAUAACAUCAUGAUAGGACACAAAUACACAAAGCCUGAUGAUAUUAUCUUGAAUAGACGAUGAUCCUCCACAACUAUGAGGGUCAUUUGUUUUUCUGUUUAUUGCAUUUGAAUGGAUCUAACAUUAGUUUAUCUGGAAAAUAGUCAUCCUGCAGUCUUUGAACAGAAUAUAUAAGAAAAAUCUUUUUAAAACAUGAAGUAGAAAUCAAGACUUUGUAACUGCCAAAGAGUUGUCGUGUGCGGCUAAAGUAAGAAACGCACGUUACUCCCAACUUGACCAAUUAGUUUAAAUUAGUUAGUUUUUUACUCAAGUUUAAUUUUGAGAAACUACAUUUCUGAAGCAAACUUUUCAACGAUUGCCAGGUGUUUUGUUUUUUUGACAUGCUUCGCUCUUUCACUUGAAACUAGUUUUCAUGUGUGAGAGGUGCAAACAGGAGCAAUGCAGGUGCUUAGCCUGAUCUAAGAGAGAUUUUUCUAACAGUUAGUUUUCAGGUAGAAGAACAAUAUCUACUCUUUCAGGCCGUCUUAAUGCAUUCAGGUAAAUUCAGAAAAUCAGUGCGUUUCAAUACAGUCUGGGGACUGAGCUGAAUAAUGUAAUAAACAGUUUAAGGGAUGUUUAGGGUGGAACUUCACCUCGUAGUAACUAAUUUUUCUGUCAGACAUCCUCCUGCUGUAGCUCAGAGCAGGAGUAGAUAAACUAACCUUGUAUGUAUAAAAGUAAAUCAGAUGACGCUUUUUAUUGUUUGAAAAGUCAAACUAAAGGCCUUAAUGUGAUGGGCCUUCUUCGUGUUCACGUGUGUCUGGCCCAGACCUCCCUGACUGAGAAGCUUUAGCGUAAAGAUCAAUUUAAAUCAGAUGCACUUUUCUAUAAAAGGAAUGUUUGUGAUGUUUUGGUUUGUUUAACUUCAAAUGUGAAAAUUCUUUCACUUGUAUUUAUAUCCCCAUGUCCACUCCAGUUAGAUGUUUAUAGGUAUAUAUGUUUAAAUAUAUUUUUUAUAUUCAGACUCUGUCAAAGCUAAUGAUACUUUGAGGACUUAGUUUUGUUAAAAGUGACUCAUUGAAAGCAACUGGUUUUGCAGACAUUUCAGAAAUGGGGUUUAUAAAUGAAAAAUGGAUGGAAAACGAACUCAGGCUGCCUGGUUUUUGUUCCAGUGCAGAAAAAUGUUUCCACACAUCCUUAGCUAUACAUUUUGAAGGCAGUAUUACCUGACAGGUUAUGGAAAAUUUGCAUGAUUGGCCAUACUGUUUUGACUCAUCUAGGAGACACAUGAAUGAAACCUUUAGGGGUUUAACUUACAAAAGAAAUUUCUAGGAAUAUUUUUCUGUGAACUCAGUGUUAUUAAAGCAUAAUUAAGUGGUGUGUGAGCCAAAGACAAACAGGAUCAGAGCCAGCGCUGAAUGUCAGAGUUCGCUGUUCAACCCAGACGACGACUUUGUUUAUCCCAGGGUUCAGACGAGUCCAGUAUUAAAUGAUUUUUCUGGGCAAUAAGCUUGCUACUGCCGUAACUGUAAUAGAAAACUAUUUCUAUGGGGCUGCUACAUGCUAAAGGCAGCUAAAAUGUGUUUUAAGUGAUGCAGUUUUAAAGAAAUUAAGGACCCUAGGAUGAUCAAAUGAAUACAGACUAGCUGGUAGAAAUCAAUAUAUGUAAAUGUAUUAUAUGUAUCAUGACAAGACUUGCAGUGCAAAGUCUAAUGUAUCAAAUUUAUUUUACAGCAAGAAAAGAAUAGUAUGUUAUAUAUAAAUAUAUACUGUAUAUAUGUCCUUCCCUGUCUCAAAAACAAAUAAAUA